AUGCCGCAAAUCGAGCACGCAGACGUCAGUCGAGAAGACGACAGGCCCACGCCCUCGUCAACCGCUAGCUCCUCCUCGGCCGACAUCAGUGCCGCUGGAGACAUCCCUAUCCCCGGCGUAUCUGCUGAGCUGGAGAAGGCAGAGACAAUCCAUCCCGUCAACAGUCGCCAAUCCUCCAUUGUCGCCCGCACCCAAUCACGUGCCCACUCCGUCCUCUCUAGAGUACGCUCAAGACGACCCGUUGCACCUUUCUCCCACGCUCUCUCCCACGCCAAGACUGGCCCAGAUGUCAUUGUUGAUUUCGAUGGCGAGGACGAUCCUUACCGUCCGCUCAACUGGGAGAAUCGGAAGAAGGUCAUUACCACCGUCCUGUAUGGCUUCACAACCAUGGGUGCCACCUUUGCCAGUAGUGUUUACAGUUCUGGUACAGAGCAAGUCGCCAAAGAAUUUCAUGUCGGCAGAACAGUUAGCACUCUUGGAACCUCCCUACUCCUGUUCGGCUUCGGCCUCGGUCCGCUGCUAUGGGCGCCAUUGAGUGAAGUUUAUGGCCGCAAACCCGCCGUUCUGAUUCCAUACUUUAUCUCUGCCAUCUUCGCUUUUGGAACAGCCGCCGCCAAGGACAUUCAAACAGUCAUGAUUACUCGCUUUUUUGCCGGUCUCUUUGCCAGUGCUCCAGUAACGAACACCGGCGGUGUGCUCGGGGAUAUCUGGACACCGAAGCAGCGAGGUGUCGCAAUCGUCGGCUACGCCAUGGCUGUCGUUGGUGGACCAACAUUGGGACCGAUCGUUGGUGGCGCCGUUGUGCAGACGAGCUAUCUAGGUUGGAGAUGGACACAAUAUCUUACCGGCAUUCUCCAAAUGUUCAUCCUUGUUCUUGAUGUCAUAUUCCUUGAUGAGUCCUACCCGCCGAAGCUACUUGUGUACAAAGCUCGCCGCCUCAGGCACGAGACCGGAAACUGGGCUCUACACGCCAAGCAUGAAGAAUGGGACGUCAGCCUCCAGGAGCUCGGCCGCAAAUAUCUCGUUCGACCAUUCCAGCUCCUCUUCACCCCCAUCUGCUUCCUCGUCGCCCUCUACGCAUCCUUCGUCUACGCCAUCCUCUACGCGCAGCUCGCCGCCUUCCCCGUCGUCUUCCAAGAGAUCCGCGGCUGGAACCAAGUCGUCGGCGCGCUGCCCUUCCUCGCGCUGCUGGUCGGCAUCCUGUUCGGCGCCUGCGCCAACGUGCUGAACCAGAAGUACUACUUCCGCAAGCUGCAGCAGAACAAGGGCAAACCGGUCCCGGAGGCGCGCCUGCCGCCCAUGAUGUUCGGCUCCGUCUUCUUCUCGGGGGGGCUCUUCAUCUUCGCUUGGACGGGCGACGCCAAGGGCGUCCAUUGGAUCGCUCCCGUCAUCGGCGCCACCUGCGUCGGUGUCGGCUUCUUCACCAUCUUCCAGGCUGCCCUUAACUACCUCAUCGACACCUUCCGCCAGGGCUUUCCCGCUUUUUAUCACCCCGAUGUUGCAUAA